GCGCAUAGUUACCUUGACAAUCCAAGCGAGCGAGAUAAACCCUAGAGAAAGCUUAAACCCCUGUAGAGUGAUCACAAUGGCAGGUUCAACGAUGUUUUCACGAUUAUCGACUCGAUUAGGAUCUUUAUCUUUGAAUCUCAACAAAGCAAACACCAAGGCAGUCUUACCCACUAUUUCUCCAUUGCAGUCGAGCUUAGAGUCCCAAGCUUCCUCCUCAUUGAAGCGCCUUUCACGGGAUUCAAGAUUACCGGUCCAAUUGAGCUGCUUAGUCUCAAUGGUUCCAUUACAUGAAGCAAUUGCUUCUGCCCGCUUAACAUCAAUGCUUUCAGUGGAAUCGCAGAGCUGGGGGCUAACUCCACAAGGUAUAUCUAUGCCUUUGUGAAAGCAUCACUUUCAUUUUAUGAUGAACCCUCUAGUUGUAGAGGUUCUGUUGGUGAGAGUUGUCAAAUACUUUGCAAUGAAAUACUUGCCCAGACUAUAGACUGGGUUUUAUCUCUAGCUUCCAAUUUCCAAGGUCCUAACAGGUUUUUCUGUUGCAAGUGAGCUGAAUUGCAAUCGAAAUGCUGAAAAAGUGAGAAUUGUCUGUUUGACCUUUUUUUGGCUUUUAAAAACACUUACAUAUAUUGUUAUGGCAUUGAUGUAUUAGUUACCUGUUGGCAAAA